ACACUGGAGACCAGGUGACUGCUGUGUUACAGGAAGCAGCAGUGCAGUGCAUACACGGCAGAGCCUGUGCUCUUGUCACCGGGAUUGAGCCGUGUUUUAGGGGCACUGACAGUUCGGAAGGAGGAUUAUAUGAGGGUGUAUUGGAGCCGGGAGCGAGGCUCGGUGGCUGCAGAGGACCAGACGGUACAGGGGCUGUGCAUACUGCAGAGGGGGAUGAACCUGCUUUUUCCUUUCCCUAUCUCUGUGCAGUGAGCGGAGGAAUACAGGAGAGGAUGGCGUUUGCGGUGCAGGAGAAGCACUUCGCCCCGUCCUUACUAAAUUUUUUCAUCUAUAAUCCGAAGUUUGGCCCAAGAGAAGGAGAGGAAGAAAACAAGAUUCUCUUUUACCAUCCAAAUGAAAUAGAGAAGAAUGAAAAAAUAAAAAAUGUUGGUUUAUGUGAAGCAAUUGUGCAGUUUACCAGAACAUUUAGCCCAUUAAAACCAGCGCAGUCAUUGCACACACAGAAGAACAGACAGUAUUUUCAUGAAGCUGAAGAAGGAUUUUGGAUGGUUAUGGUGGUGAAAAAUCCAGUUGUAGAAAAACAAAAAGAUGGCAAGACUGUUCUAGAGUAUGAAGAAGAUGAGCUGCUUGAUAAAGUGUAUUCUUCGGUACUUCAGCAAUGCUACAAAAUGUAUAAGCUAUUUAAUGGAACAUUUGUCAAGUCUAUGGAAACUGGUGGAGUAAUAUUGCUAAAGGACAGACUAGAGAAAUUCUUUCAUCGGUAUUUACAGACAUUACAAAUGCAGUCUUGUGAUCUGCUCGAUGUGUUUAGUGGCAUCAGUUUUUUUCCGUUGGAUAAGAUGACUUACCUGAAAAUCCAGUCAUUCGUUAACAGGGUGGAAGAAAGUCUCAGUCUUGUGAAGUACACGGCAUUCUUGUACAAUGACCAGCUGAUAUGGAGUGGUCUGGAACAAGAAGACAUGAGAAUAUUGUACAAAUACCUCACUACAUCUCUCUUCCCCAGAUACAUUGAACCAGAGCUAGCUGGAAGAGAUUCCCCCAUACGUCCUGAGAUGCCUGGAAAUCUACAGCACUAUGGAAGAUUCCUUACUGGACCUCUAAACCUCAAUGACCCAGAAGCCAAGUUUCGAUUCCCCAAAAUUUUUGUAAAUACAGAGCAUGCAUAUGAGGAACUUCAUCUGAUUGUUUACAAGGCCAUGAGUGCCUCGGUGUGUUUUAUGGUUGAUGCUUCUGUGCAACUAACGCCGGAUUUCUGUAGAAAACUGGACAGUCUUGUAGGACCUCAACUAACAGUGUUGGCUUCGGACAUCUGUGAACAGUUCAACAUCAACAGAAGAAUAUCAGGGUCAGAGAAAGAACCACAGUUUAAAUUUAUUUAUUUCAACCACAUGAACCUAGCAGAGAAAAGUACAAUACACCUCAAGAAAACUCCCAGCGUCUCACUGACUUCUGUACAGCCAGAACUAAUGAAGAUUCUUGGGGACAUUAAUAGUGACUUUACAAGAGCGGAUGAAGAUGAAGAAAUCAUAGUAAAAGCAAUGAGUGAUUAUUGGGUGGUAGGAAAGAAGUCUGACCAGCGGGAACUGUAUGUCAUCUUGAACCAGAAGAAUUCCAAUCUAAUUGAAGUAAAUGAUGAAAUCAAGAAACUGUGUGCCACACAUUUCAACAACAUCUUCUUCUUGGAUUAACCAGCCUGAAUGGACAGUGCGUGACAGACAUUUUUUUCAGAAUAUCAGUCAUAAUAUUGACUGGAAUGACUGUUGUAAGGCAAUAGUUGCCUUGUAAGAAUCUACUUUCUACAUGGAGGCUCAGUAAUCAGAACGUUUUUAGAUUUUAAAUAUUUAUCUGAUCCGAUCGCUCUUUGAACAAGCGCAUUACAUUUCUGUUACAGCCGUAUGACCGCCAACAAUAAAUUCACUAAUCAUUGUUAUACUUUUAA